AUGAGCGAUCCCGUCAUUUUUUUUUUUCCGAUCUGUUGUACACGUCGUGUCAACGGCAGUCUCCGAUUUGCGCGCAUGCGCGUCUUGACCUCCUUCGCUCCCGUGCUGCAAAAAAAGAAGCUACACACGAUGAUGAAGACGCUGCACGUCUUUUUGGUCUUGGCGCUGCUGGCCCUCGGUUCCGGAGAGGAGGGCGCCCGUCUGCUGGCGUCCAAGUCCCUGCUCAACCGCUACGCCGUGGAAGGCCGAGACCUGACCCUGCAGUACAACCUGUACAACGUGGGCUCCAGCGCCGCUCUGGAGGUGGAGCUGUCCGACGAUUCCUUCCCUCCCGAGGACUUUGGAAUCGUUUCGGGCAUGCUGAACGUGAAAUGGGACCGCAUUGCGCCAGCCAGCAACGUGUCCCACACCGUGGUCCUGCGCCCCUUGAAAGCCGGCUACUUUAACUUCACCUCGGCGUCCGUCAGCUACCUGGCUCAGGAGGGCGGACAAGUUGUGGUGGGCUACACCAGCGCCCCUGGCCAGGGCGGCAUCCUUGCUCAGAGGGAGUUCGACCGCCGCUUUUCCCCGCAUUAUCUGGACUGGGCCGCCUUCGGGGUGAUGACCCUCCCCUCCAUCGGCAUCCCGUUCAUGCUCUGGUUCUCCAGCAAGAGGAAGUACGACUCGCCCAAGGCUAAGAAGAACUGAUGUUCGGGGGGGGGGGGGGGGAUACACCUUUUUUUUAUGGUUUCAGACUGGAGGG